AUGCUGGAGCGCAUGCGCAGUGCGGCUGUUCUCCGGCCGCCAGGCGGCGCUGAUGCGCUCCGCGCUGCUGCUGGAUCCAGUCACUCUGCGCUCCUGUAUUUCCGCAUUCCGCACAAGGACACACUCGGUCCGAGAGGCUGCUGGUCUGCUCGCUACUGCGGUUCAGGGAUGGCUCGACUGCUGCUUGGGGGCACUUUCAGAGGAUACCUCACCUCACCGCUCCGGAUGAUGGGAUCCGAUCAGAAGGAGAAGGAGCAGCUGAUGGCUCUGAAGAAGCAUCACGGAGAAGAGAUCGACCAUCAUAAGAAGGAGAUCGAGCGUCUGCAGAGAGAGAUCGACAGACACAAGGGCAAGAUCCGGAAGCUGAAGCACGACGACUGA